GUAGAAUCUCUCAGCUACAGUAGGGCUCAGGGGACUUGGGGACAGCGGGAUGGCUGAGGAUGAGAAUGGCUCGCCCGAAGAGAGGCUCUUGUUCCUUCCCGAUCGGCAUGUCCGCUAUUUCCAGCGUAGCCUGCAGCUCCUACCCGAGCAGUGUGCUUCUCUAGAGACAAACAGAUUAACCAUUGCAUUUUUCGCACUUUCUGGACUCGAUAUGCUGGAUUCAUUAAAUGUGAUCAACAAAUCAGAAAUAAUAGAAUGGAUUUACUCUCUCCAAGUCCUUCCCACUGAAGACAAAUCAAAUCUUGAUCGAUGUGGCUUUCGGGGAUCAUCAUGUUUGGGGUUACCAUUUAAUCCUUCAAAGGGCCAUGGACUUUAUCAUCCUCAUGACAGUGGCCAUAUAGCAAUGACCUACACAGCUAUAGCCAGCCUUCUUAUACUGGGUGAUGAUUUAAGCCGUGUAAAUAAAGAGGCAUGCCUGGCAGGAUUGCGUGCUCUUCAACUUCCCGAUGGAAGCUUUUGUGCUGUCCCUGAGGGAAGUGAAAAUGACAUGCGGUUUGUAUACUGUGCUGCGUGUAUUUGUUACAUGCUGAAUGACUGGUCGGGUAUGGAUAUGGAAAGGUCGAUUGAUUACAUUAGGAGGAGUAUGUCAUACGAAAAUGCUUUGGGCCAGGGGGCUGGCUUGGAAGCCCAUGGAGGCUCAACCUUUUGUGGCAUUGCUUCCCUUUGCCUGAUGGGGAAGCUCGAGGAAGUAUUUUCAGAGAAGGAACUGAACAGAAUAGGAAGGUGGUGUCUAAUGAGGCAACAAAAUGGUUUUCAUGGAAGGCCAAACAAACCCGUUGACACUUGUUACUCCUUUUGGGUUGGAGCAACACUAAUGCUCUUAGACAUCUUCAAAUAUACCAAUUUUGAGAAAAACAGAAAUUUUAUAUUAUCCACCCAAGAUCGCAUUGUUGGAGGCUUUGCAAAAUGGCCAGAUAGCCACCCAGAUGCACUGCAUGCCUACUUUGGAAUCUGUGGCCUGUCUCUGAUAGGAGAGGCCGGUAUCUGUGAAGUCCAUCCAGCUCUGAAUGUAAGUCUAACAACCUAUAAGCGUCUCCAGCAGCUGCACGACACUUGGAAAUCAAAGGACUGUGAAAGGAAUUCAGAUAAUAUGCACAUCGGAACUUGAAUGUGCUACAUCAGCCAUGAGUUAGGUGGCAAUUUUCUAGGCCACUGUAUAAAGCCAUGUACUACCAAGUGUACUUUUACUUACUGGAGUCAUUCGAUCAAAGUGUUCUUGACUAAUAUCACCGCAAUGUCCCGAAGCCUGCAGCCAGUUCUCUUGUACCUAAAUAAAAACAUUUUUUUUUUUUAAAA